AGCGUCUCGAGCCGGACCUCCAAACAAUACUGGGGACAAGGAUUUAUGCCACCGUAUUAUUUUCCGCCCUCCAUGGGAGGCUAUGGAGGGCAGGGCUGGAGACCCCAAGGGCACGGGUGGAGCCCACAAGGUCCAGGAUGGGGUGGCCAAGGGCAAGGAUGGACCACAGGGGCUAGGACAAGGAGAAGGAUACGAAGAACCAGGUGAAUAUCAGUAUCCUCAUCCCUGGCCGUUAAUUAAGGAUCCCGCUUAUCAUGCAUAUUGGGGACCGGCACAGGAGAGAGGAAGUUGUAUAUCCAAAGGCUCGGCGUGCGACUGGACAAAGACGGAUACAUGUUGCUGGCCCUUGGAAAAUGGGUGCCACAAGGAGAGUCCGAAUGUCCUUAGUAGAUUUAUAUGCAAGAAGACCUACACCGGCGAGUGUGUCGCAAGUGGGGGAGUGUGCAGUAGGGUGAAAAAAGUCAUUGUCAAUGUGUGUUGUGAUCCUACAAACUAUCACUGCGAUGGGACAACGUUCCAAUGGGACUGGAAGUGCGUGAAAAGAUAAGAAAUUAUAGAAACGGACUCUGGCUCGGGCUAAAUGAAGUCGGCAGGUUUUUUAUGCAACUCAUGAAUGAAACUAUGUAUAUUCGAGCAUAUUUAUUACUUGUAUGCAUAAGUUGUAUGUGUGCACCUCAAAAUUAUCGUUUAA